AGGGGCGUACAAAAACAGGACCAGCAGCAACAAACGACUGCUACAACCAGACUAGUUACCUAUCAAUCAGCUUAUGUAACAAGCAGAGGUAAUUAACUAUUUAAAUGGUCAGUGACUACAAAAAGGCUGAGGAUUUUUUACACUUCAUGUGGUAGACAGAUGUCCAGUUUCUUCUCCUAAGAGUCCUAGAUGGUGUGUUUUGCCAUCAAGAAAGCAGCAGUUAACAGUCUGCCAUGGCAAAGAAGACAGAUCCUGAAAACAACCCUCUAUCUCUCUCAUUCUCUGGGAGUGGAUUUUUGGCUUUGUAUCAGAUUGGAGCAGUGAAAGCUCUUCUGGACCUGGCCCCUGAAAUCCUGAAGGCUGCUCCCAAGGUGUAUGGAGCCUCAGCAGGGUCUCUGGUUGCAGCUGCGGUGGUCUUCAACGUGAACCUCGAUGACCUGCAACAAAUAAUCAUUGAUGCAGCCAAUGAAGCUAGGAAGUCCAUUCUUGGGCCAUUUUAUCCAACCUUUAAUCUACAUACCAUUUUAAAGGAGGCUCUGCCUAGAUUUGUGCCAGAAACCGCACAUCACCUAGCGAGUGGAAGGCUUCAUGUUGCUCUUACACGACUGCCAGAUGGAAAAACUAUACUGGUCUCUGAUUUCAACUCCAAGGAGGAAGUUAUACAGGCUUUGAUCUGUAGCUGUUUUGUUCCCUUUUACUGUGGCCUGGUCCCUCCUUCAUUCCGAGGAGUGCGGUAUAUUGAUGGGGGAUUAUCAAACUUCCAACCAUUUUACGAUCUACAGUCCAUCAUAACUGUGUCACCUUUCACUGGAGAGAUUGACAUUUGCCCUCGAGACUGCCCUGUCAGCCAUUUAUGUCUUCAUAUUUUUAAUACCAGCUUCCAGCUGUCUGUUCAAAAUCUGUGCAGAGUGAGCUACGCCUUAUUCCCACCUCCACCCUAUGUGCUAAAUGACUUUUAUUACCAAGGCUAUAAAGAAGCUAUUUUAUAUCUCAUUAAGAAUGGUAAACAUCGGCUGUGCGUUGGAGAUCAGAAAAAUAUCAAUGUGGUCUUGAAAAACGAGGAUAUUAAACUGAGACAACACGAAACAGUCCUGGUUAAAUAGAAGAUCGGUAUAUAUGUGUUUAUAUUUAAUGGAGUGAGAAGAACAGUACUGGAGGAUAUGAAGCACAAAUUGGAAUAGUAGAACUAUGCGCUGGAAGAAUAAAAAUUCUGACUGGCUACAUGUUAUUGGACUUCAUCAGAGGCCCUUGUGUACAGGGUUGAAGCUUCAAACAAUAUACCUAAUUUAGAGAAUGAAA